AUGCAUAAAAUAAAUGAUAGAAAGCAACCUGAAAUAGCUAGAAGUUCUAAGAAACGUUUUUCAAUUUCAAGAGAAAUAGCAAAUAGAAGAAUGAGCAACUCUAAUUUAUUCUCUUCAGAAGAGAGUAAAAUUAGAAUGAUAGGAAGCAAACAUUCAGUUUCAUCUAUUAAAAGUAAAAAAAAAGUUAACAUUUCAAUGAAUAAAGAUAUAUCUCCAGGAUCAUCAUCAUUCUCAAGUGAUUCAGAAUCAAAUAAAGAAUCAAUAGACUAAUCAAUAAUUUUAAAAGAUAAUAUUGGAAUAAUAUAAUAAGCAUAAUCAUCCUUUUAUUAAGUUUAGGAUAAGCUAAUUUUACCAAACAUGUCAUUUGAAUAAGAUUUUCUAAAUCCAUUAGAUAUAUCUGAUGGAAUUGAAAAGUCGAUAUUAAAAAUUCAAUUUAUUGAUUUUGAACAUAGAUGGGGAAUGAAAUAAGAUAUAAAUAUAUAGAAAUAAUGUGGAGGAGAUUAAAUGCUUCUUUCUUAAGCAAGUGAAGGAAUGUCUUCGCAUAGAUCAUUAAAAAUGUCUCAUAGAAGUAAAAAAGGAGCAUUUUAAUCAAAAUUAUAAUCAAAUCAUACUAAAGGAAAGUAAUAGUUAAGUGAUAGUGAUGAUGAUGAUUAUACUGAUAAUUAAUAAGAUGUUGAUAAAAUUAAAAAAAAAUAUGAAAAAUUAUAUGAAAGAAAUCCAUUUGAAGAUCCUUAUUAUGUAAAAUUGAAGGAUCUUCAUGGUUUUGAAAGAUUACAGUAUGAAAUUAAUGUAAAUAUUAACAUUAUAAUAAUAGGCUUAUAAUGAUGAUAAACAAUUUCUAAAAUUAAGAAAAUAAAUAGUUUAUUAUUCUUUGUUUAUUCCAAUCUUAUGUAAAAGAAUAAUUAAGAGUGUGUUAUUUAAAAUAAUUAUGUCAUUCCUUAUUAUUUUUAAUGUAACAUUAUAUAUAUAUUCACAAACUUUAUAAGAUCCUCUUUAAACAAAGAAUAUGGAGAGAAGUAUUAUGAUUUGUUUUUUGAUUGAAUUAGGAAUAAGAAUAAUAGCAUCUGGAGUAAUAAUUCCAAAAGGAGCAUUUUUUAAGAAUUUUUAAGAUAUUUUUGAUUGUAUUUUGGUUGUGGUAUAUGUAUUAAACAUAAAUUAUCCUGAUAUAUUUAUAGUAGAUAUAUCUCCUUUAAGAGUUAUAACAUUAUUACUUUAUUUAGGAGAUAUAUUUUCAGGUUUAGGAGUAAUGUUAAAAGCUUUGAAAUAAUCAUUUAGAUUUUUAUUGGAAGCAUUAAUGAUAGUUGGAUUAUUUUCAGUAUUUUUUGCAAUUACUGGAGUAUUUAUGUUUUAAGGUUUAUUUAAUUACAGAUGUUAAUAUGAUAAUGGAGAUGAAACAGAUGGUUGGAUAUAAUGUAAUUAAAAUUAAUGUUUUGAAGAAGGAAUGUCUUGUUAGUAUUCAUCUUUUACUCCUAAACUUCCAACUUCAUUUAAUAAUGUAAUUUAUUCUUAUGGUUAAGUAUUAAGAACUAUAACUAUGGAUGAUUGGAGUUGGGUAAUGUUUUUUACGAUGAGAAUAUAUCAUCCAUGGACUUGGUUCUAUUAUUUAUUAAUUAUUUUUGUUUGUGGCUUUUUUGGAUUUAAUUUAGUUAUUGCUGUUAUCAAAAUACAUUAUGCUGAAGCUACAGAAGAAAAUGCAAAAGAAGAAGAAAUGAAAUAAAUUCAAUUAAAAAUUAAAGAAAAUAAAGAAUUGCCUGAUAGAGAUAUUAUUAAUGUUUUUGAUGUUGCUUUCUUAAGAUAUAUUGACUUUUUUUCUGUUAUUUAAAGAUAUAGAUUAGCAUUAAGAUCUUCUUAUAGAUCUAUUAAAUUAGAAGAUAAUAUAAAUGAAAAAGGUAAUCCAAAUAAAACUAGAAUAUUAUCAGCAAAAUAAAAAAAAAAUGAUGAUCAUAAUCCAUAAGUAAUUAAAUAAUAAUAUAUUUUAUUUUUAGGGAAGCUUGCUCAAAAGAAUCAUUUACAAAAUUUAAAAUUUUACUGUAAAAAAUAUUCUAUUACCUAAAUUUUUAUUAUUAAGUGAAAAAUAAAAAAAUGUUCAUAUUAAAAGAUAUACAGAGGAUGAGAUUGAAAUAUAAAUUUUGGAAAGAUUAAAAUCUUUUUAAUUUUCAUAAUUAUAAUCUUGUGUUAAUUAAUAAAUUUAAUAAAAUUUUGAAAGUGAAGGAGAUGUAUUACCAAUUUUAAAGUAAUUUUUAUUUUUAUAAAUUAAAUAGUUUUCCUGAUUGUGAGAAAAAAGAAUUAGAAAAAGAAAUUAUUAAUAUGAGAAAUAUUAAAAUACCUGUUGUCUAUCCAGAUAUAAAACAAAAAAAAAUUUAAUAAAUUGUUCAUGAUCAUAAAAAACUGAAUCCAUUUCCUGUUCGUAAAGUUAAAAGAAUAAUAUUAAAUUAAACUGAAGAUGAAUAAAAUGAAACUAAUAAUUCUUUAGAUUAAAAUCUUUUCAAUUAAAAGUAAAGUUUAGCAUAAUCACAUAAACUUAAAACUUCAUAAGGAGACAAAAAAAUUCCAUUUUCCAUUAAAAAAUAAGAUUAAAAUUAUGUUUAUAUUUAAGGAUAUUAUUUAAAUUAUGAAGGUGUUUCUACUAAAAUAAAUGCUAAAAUUUAAAAAAAUAAAAAUUCACAACCAUCUAAUGAAUUCUAAUAUAGAUUAUUGAGAAGAAAAGAUCUUUAAUAAAAUUAAAUUUAAAAAAAAACUUGGUCAGGAAAUGAUGUAUUAAAAUUAAAUGAAAUGAGAUUAUUAAAUUUCAAAGACGCAUUGAAAAAAUUGAAUUUUAUAGAUAUUUAAAUAUGGAUGUUAGGAUUUAAAGGUAAAAUAGAAACAUUACGAAAAUAUUCAUAUCUCUUUAUAACAUCUUAAAUAAGCUAAUUAUUUUUUGACAUGGUGAUUUUAAUAAAUUUUACAUUUCUAUCAUUGUAAGGAAUAGCGAAUUCAGUAACAAUCUCAAAUGAAGAAGAUGUUUCAACGAUAUUUUUAUGUAUAGAAUUAGUUGUAAGGUUUUUUGCUUUUUCAUUUAAAGACAUAUCCUAAAGUCCUGAUUAUGUUCUUUAAUCGUGUAUUGUAGUAUUGAAUUUCAUUGAACUAACAAUGAGUUCAGUGAUGACAAAUUUAAAUGAAUAAAAUCUAAGAUUAAUAAGAGGAACUAAAUGUUUGUUAUUUUAUCGAGUAUUAAAAUAUAAUAAGAUGGCAGUAGCAAUAGGACAUAUAGCUUAGAAAACAUUUAAAUAAUACAUAUAUUUAACAUUUUUAUUUUUUUUAGUGAUAUUUGUAUAUGCAAUGAUUGGAAUGGAAAUGUAUGCUGGUUAUUUUGAUUAAACAGAAGCUUUAGGAUAAUUACAUUCAUAUGAUAAUAUUUUUAAAGCUUUUAUGACAAUAUUUAACAUUCUAACAAAUGAUGAUUGGUAUGGAGUAUAUGUGUUGGGAGGAGAUAUCAAUUAUAUAUUUGCUGUAAUAUAUUCAUAUUCUAUGGUUAUUUUUUUAAAUUAUAUAACAUAUGGUUUGGUGUUGGCAAUAUUAUUAGAUGGUUUUGGAGCAAUAAAUAAGGAAAUGGAAGAGUUGGAGGAAGAAAAAGAACAAGAGGAGGAGAAGAAUAAUGAGAAAUAAGAAGAAUAAAAUUCAUAAAUAACUGAAUAAUAAGAAAUGCAUGAAUUUCAAUUAAAUUUGAAACCUUUGAUGUCAUAAAUAAAUUUUAAUGAACAUUAAUAGAAGAAAUCGAAGUAGCAUUUAAUAUCAAAUCUUAUGAAGUCAAUCAGUAAUAUCUAUAUAUCACAUAUUAGGGCAAGUUCAUAAAGACAUUUUAAGUUAAUACCCUAAUCUGUAUGAUGGAAUCCAAUGCUAAUAAUCUUUGUAUUUAUUUAACAAAGAAAAUAUUUUAAGAAUAUUAUGUUGCAGAAUAAUAACUUCAAAAUUGUUUAAUUAUUUUAUGGAUAUGGUGUUAUAUUUUUCAAUAAUAGUAUUUGCAUUGAAAACUUAUAAUGAUUAUGAGAUUGAUUCAUCUUUUUAUCCUGAAGUAUUGUAAUUGAUAGCAAAUAUUUUGUUUUUAUUUGAAAUAAUAAUGGGUAGUAUAGCAAAGGGGAUGUGGAUGAAUAAAGGAGCUCAUAUAACAUAUACAUGGCAAAUAGUGGAUGUGAUAUAUAUAAUUGCAUUUUUUUUGCAUUUUGAAUAAGACCAAGAGUAGAGAGCUAUAGUAAAUUUCUUUUUAUAUUUUGGAUACUUAAGAGUGAUGAAAUUGAUGUAUAGAAUUUCAUGGUUAGAUACAUUGAGAUUAGCAUUAGGUAGAUCUUUAGCAGAUAUCUGGAAUGUAUUAAUAACAAUGCUUUCAGUUUGGAUAAUCUUUGGAGUUUAUGGAAUUAUAUUAUAUGAAUAAUAAUUUGGAUUUUGUGAAGAAAAGAUGGAAUUCUAUAUCAAUAAAAAAGAGUGUUUAGAAAUGAAUAGAACUUGGAUAAAUUAUAAACAUAAUUUUGAUAACAUUACAAUAGCUAUUCCAACAUUAUUUGUUGUAUCAACUUUUGAUGGAUGGGGUGAAAUAAUGUAAAUAUCAGAAAAUAGUUAAAAUCCUAAUAUUGGUCCUGAACCCUUUAAUAGUUACAUUCAUACAUAUUUUUUUUUUAUAUCUUUCUGUUUUAUUGGUUCAAUGUUUUUUUUAAGUCUAUUUACAGGAGUUCUAUAUUCAAACUUGAAAGCUAAUUAAAGCAAAAUAGAAAUGUCUGAUAUAACAAAAGCAUAAGUUGAAUUCAUGGAAAUUUCUUAGAUAAUUAUCAAAGAUUUUCCUUUAUACUCUUCACCUCCUACAUCAACAAUAAGAAGAUUCUCAUCUAAUUUAACAAAUAAUAAUACAGUUUAAAAACUAAUGUUUUGUUUAUUACUUUUUGAUUUGUUAGUAUUAUUGUUAUUCUUUACUGAAAUGGAAGAUGACUUUUUUAGAGCUUUAAAUGAGACUCAUAAUAGUUUAACUUACAUUUAUAUUUUAUGGAAUAUCUUUUUAUUUUUGGCUUUAGGAGUAAAUAGAUUUUUUGAUAAUCAUUGGAGAAGAUUUUAUUUUUUCUUAAUUACAAUUGCUAUAAUAGAUAUAAUAGCUGAUUAUGAAUCAGAUUGGGCUUUAGUUUAUUUUAGAUCAUCUCCAGCAGAUUCAGGAUAUCAAUUUCUUAGAUUAUUCUUUGCAUUAAGAUGUUUAAGAAUAAUUCUAAUAUUUUAAGGUUUGAUAAAUCUAUAAAGAUUAAUGAGAGUUAUGGUAUUUGCAUUACCUUUUUUAGGAAAGAUAUUUUCUCUAUUAAUAAUAACAAUGUACAUAUUUGCACUACUAGGUUGUCAUUUAUAUGGUUAAUUAGAAAAAGGAUAAGUAAUGGAUGAUUAAAUUAAUUUUAAAAAUGUUGCUUAAGCAAUGCUUUCACUUUUUAAAUGUGCAUCAGGAGAUGAUUGGAGAACUAUAAUGACUGAUACAAUUUUUUAUAAUCCAUAUUGUGAUGAAAAUGAAAUCUAUUGUGGAAGUAUUUACAAUUAAAUAUAUUUCUUUCUCUUUAUGUUACUUUCCAACUAUGUUUUAUUAAAUUUAUUUGUUUUGGGUUUAGUUGAAUAAUUUGAAUAAUUCUUUAUGCUAUAAAAUUCCAUGAUUCAAACAUAUGUUGAGAAUAUGGAUAAAAUUAAAACUAUAUGGUGCAAAUAUUCUUCCGAAACAUAAGGUUAAGCCAUGCAUUAUAAAUUUUUAUGUCGUUUUCUUAUGGAUAUAGGUAAACCUUUAGGUGGAGGAAAAGAUGAAAAUCUAUGGGAUGUUGGUAAAUUAGCAUCAUCAUUUAAAUUAUAAUGGUAAUCUGAUAUAUUUAUUAUUUUAUAGUGAUCAUUUCGGAUAUAUCUAAUUUAAUUAACUCAUGUAUGAAUUGUUUCGAGUUUGCUAUCAUGUUGAAGUAUUCAAAAAUGGAACCAUUUCUUCUAUCAAGAAAAUCAAAUAAUUUAAUAAAGAAAUGCAACUCAGAUUAAUGUAUUAUAGAAGAAAUAGAUUUCUAUAGAGAAGUAAUAUUAGUCCCAUUCUACACUUAAAAGCUAAUUUCAAUAUUUUACAUGAUUAUCUCACUGUUCUAAUCAUGUAUAAAGCAUGGGAAGCUUUCUCUAAAAAAUUAAUUAAAAAAUUAGCGAUUAAAUAAAAUUAAUUUACUGAAGAAGACUUAAAUGAACAAGAUUCUUCUUUCGAUCAAAAAACUAUGAAUAAUCAAUAGUAAUUCUUUAAAUUAAAUCUUUAGUUUUGAUUAAGACUGUAAUGAAUUUCUUCAAGAGGAUGUUGCACAAUAAGUUUUAUCUAAUGAAAUCCCUCAAUAAGAAAACAUUCAUCAAAAUACUAAAUGUUCAGAUGAUGGCAAUAGUAAAAAAGAAGAUAUCCCUAUAUACAGAUGGUAAAAAGACUAAUAAUCAGAACCAUUAUAUGAACGAGCCUUCAUAUCUCCUGAAAAAUAAUCUUUUAAAUAAAAAAAGAAAUUUUGA